AUGGCGGAUCACGAGGAGGCUAAUAAGGAGGAAGUCACGGGAGACGUGGAAGUGACGGAAGCGCAACCCGAAAAGGCCAAGGAGGAGAAGAAAGACCGGUCGCGCUCCCGCAAGCAGCCGUCGCCGGAGAGGAGGAAGAAGCGCGGGUGGGAUCAGGGGCCGGAAGGUGUGGACCCUGCGAUCGCGUCGGUCAUGGCACACGUGGCAGCCGCUCAGCAAAUCGCCGCCACGCAGACCGCCGGCAUGGGCUUUGGCGGAAUGGGCGGGUUCGGCGGCAUGGGGGGGAUGGGGGGGAUGGGGGGGAUGGGGGGAAUGAGUGGUAUGAGCGCGAUGCUGGAUCCCGCGAUGCUGGCGCAGCAGGUGGCGGCGGCGCAGCAGACCGCCGCGGCGAUCACCGCAGCCGCGCAGGAGCAGCAUCUCAUCCCGCCAGCGCCCGCUGCGCAGUACGACGCGGGGGGUUUUGAGUCGUACCAGCAGCAGCACACCCCGCAACCGCUGGCGCCCGCGCAACCUUCCGCGCCGAUGAACCCGGAGCUUGCGCAGCAGCUGCAGGAGGCGCAACAGAAGGCAGCGGCGGCGUUAGCCGCCGCAGCGCAGGGGAUCCUUCCGCCGAGCCUCACUGGGGGAGCGCCCGGGGGGGGCGCGGAAGGCGCGGGGCUGCUGUCGCAGCCGGCGGGGGCGCCGGCGCCGUCGCUGGCGCAGCUGACGCGGCCGGCGCGGCGGCUGUACGUGGGGAACGUGGCGCCGCAAGUGACGGACAACGAGCUGCUGGAGUUCGUGAACGCGUCCAUGGCGUCCAUCGACGCCGCGGAGGACGGCCGCAAGCCCUGCAUCGCCGUCACGUCGAACAAGGAGAAGGGGUUUGCGUUCGCGGAGUUUGAGAAGCCUGAGGACGCUACAACCGCGCUACAGCUGGACGGCAUCGUGCUGCACGGUGUGGGGCUUAAGAUCCGCCGCCCCAAGGACUACAACCCCAUGCACGCGCCCGGGUCAGACGCGAACGCCAUAGCCCUCGGGGGAGGGGCCGUGCCCAGGCCCGUGGCAGCGGCAGCAAAGGAGGUGAUCACCAACGUUGUGCCGGACGGGCCGAAUAAGUUGUUCAUAGGCGGCAUUCCCCCAUCGCUAACAGAUGAAAAGAUUCGGGAGGUGCUGUCAGCGUUUGGGCAGCUGAGGGCGUUCCGCAGGGAGCUGGAUCUCAACGCCAAGCCCCCGCGCGCAUUCGCGUUCACUGAGUACAUGGAUCCGAGUGUGACGAGUGCAGCACAGGCGGGGCUGAAUGGGCUGCCUCUGGGCCACCAGGCCAUCCUUACCGUCGUCAGAGCCACCCCCGACGCGCCCGAGGAGCCCCCUGCUGACGCCACGCCCACCUACUCCAUUCCCGAGGAGGCCAAACCGCUCAUGCAGACCCCAACACGCAUUCUGGAGAUCUGUAACCUGAUGACAAAGAAGGAGCUCAAGGCGAUGAGCGAGGAGGAGUUUGAGGACCUAGAGGAGGACAUUCGCCUUGAGUGCAAGCGGUUUGGCACCGUGAAAUCGCUGCACAUUGUUCGACCGAAGGAUGUCACCAAUCCCGAUGAUAGCGGCAGUGACAGCGAUGAGGAGGAGGAGAAAGCAGAGGCAGUGGAGGCUGCUGCGGAGAAGGUGGAAGGAGCAGCAGAGGGAGGUGCAGCAGCAGAAGGGGAGGAUGAUGAUGUGAAGGAGGUGGUUAAUGAUGAGGAGGGCGGAGAGGAGGGAGGAGCGAAGGAGGGGGGAGAGAAGGAGGGAGCAGAAAAGGAGGGAGGGGAUGAGGAGAUGAAAGAAACAGAGGAGGAGGCUGAGGGCAAGGGUGAAGGGAAGGCAGAGGAGGAGGGUGGGGAGGGCGCAGAUGCGGCAGGAGAGCCUGUGGUUGAGGAGGUUGAGGUGGCUCGAGCCGCGGAGGAGGGUGGGAAAGGCGCAGCAGGAGAGCCUGUGGUCGAAGUAGCUCGAGCAGAGGAGGAAGGUAGUGACUCGGAUAGUGAUGUGGUGGAGGUAGUGCCAGAGACACGAGGGGAGGUAGAGAAGGGAGAGAAGGAAGAGGAGGAGAAGGGGGAGGAAGAGGUGGAGGAGGUGCAGGGCGGUGUGUGUGCGUCUGACAAGAGUGGUGAGGGGGAAGGUCAGGCGUUGGAUGGGUUGGCAGAUAUUGCUGCUGCUGCCGCUGCUGAGACGGCAGGGGUCAAGGAGGAGGGAGGUGCUGAGGCAAAAGAAUCUGAGGGUGGGGGAGGGUUUGCCCUUGAUCUGAAUGUGACUGUAGAGGGGGAGGAGGACGGUGGGAAGGGUGGAGGUGGGGAGGGAGGGGCGAAGGAGGAGGCGGAAGGGGGGAAGGAAGAGGCGGAAGGGGCUAAGGAGGAGGUGUAUGAGACGGCCUCAGAGGAUGAAGGGGAGAAGGGAGAGGGAGGGGCGGAGGCUAAGGCGGAGGAGGGUGCAGAGGCGAAGGAGGGUGAAGGGAAGGAAGGGAGUGGGAAGGAGGGAGAGGGUGAGGGGAAGGAGGGAGCUACAGGAAAGGUGGAUGGCGAGGGAGAGGCGGCAGGAAACACAGAGGCAGCGGAGGGCAAGCAGCAGGAGGUGGAAGUGGAGGAGGGUAAAGGGGAGGAGGAGAAGGUGGAAGGGAAGCAGGAGGCGGUCACAGUGGAGGGCAAGCAGGGCACAGCAGAAGAAGCAGCAGCGGUUGUAGCAGAGGGAGCAGCAGAAGAGGGCAAGGAGGGCAGGGAGGGCAAGGGAAGAGUCACCUUCCCCGCGCCCUUCCGCCCCGCAAUCCUCGUCCCCCCAGGCACAGAUGUACCUCCCCCAGGUGUCGCCACCCCAGCUGCUACUCUUGCUGCGCCAGGUUCUAUCCGCUUCCCUGCCCCAUUUGCCCCUGGUGCUCCGCCCCCUGCCGCUGGCAAGGGGUUGCUAGGGCACCAGCCAGGACAGGUGGGAAAGCCUGGAGAAGCAGGUAAGCCAGGGCAACCGGGGGCUAUUGUGCUGGCUGGGUCUAAAGGGAUGGGGGAUUUGGUGGAUGCAGCACGGAGGGGAGAGAGGGAGGUGGAGAAGUGGAGGGUUGGGCGGGCGUAUGUGGAGUUUUCGCGAGAGGAGAGUGCGAGUCGGGCGGCGCAUAUGUUGCAUGGCAGGGUGUAUGCGGGGAGGAAGGUGACAUGCUCGUUUGUGCCGCUGAGGGUGUAUCAGAAGAAGUUUAACAAGGGGUUGAAGCCGCGCACGCACGAGGAGAAACAGGAGGCUGCGUUGGCUGUGCAGGCGCAUUUGACGUCCCACUUGCCUGAUGACUUUUAG